AUGGAGAUUGCUGCUCUGACUCAUCUACACGAGGAUGAGAAGGCACGGCUACAGGCAGAACUCCAGCAGGUGACUGCAGCCCACGAAGCGGAGAUGCAGCAGGCGCAGCUUCAGACCCAGACAUUACAUGCCCUUGAGCUGGAAGCUCUGCGCUUGAGCCUGAACAACAUGCACACGGCACAGUUGGAGCUGACACAGGCCAACCUGCAAAAGGAGAAGGAGGCAGCACUGACUGAGCUGCGUGAGAUGCUCAAUGACCGGCAUGCCCAAGAUCUAGCCCUGGUGCAGAAUCGGCACCAGAGUGAGCUAGAGUUCAUCAGGGAGCAGCAUGAGCAUGAGAGAGAAGCACUAGCACUCCAGUGUGGGCAAGAGACAGCUGAGCUGAAGGAGAAGUUAAAAUCCGAAGUGGAGAAAAACGUCCAGAUAAUUGAGACCCUGAAGCGAGACUGCGAGUCAGAGAGGGACUUGUGUUUAGAAAAUCUACGCAAAGAAUUGUCUGAGAAGCACCAGUCAGAAUUGGAGAGUUUGCAGAACCAGUUUAAGAAGGAACUGGCAGAGCAGAAAGCCAAGGUGGAGAAGAUUUUUCAAGCCAAAAAUCAGGCUGAAUGUGCUCUCAAGGACCUGGAGACUCAGCACCAAAUAGCUCUUCAGCAGUUACGGGAGGACUUACAGUCUCAACAUUGCCAGUACUUAGAAUGCAAAGAAAAGGAAGAAGAAAAACAGCUUGAGCUGAAGCAUCUUCAAGAAUCAUAUGAAGAAUUGAAGGCUCAGUCACAAGAGGAGAUCAAGCACCUGUGGUCCCAGCUCAAUUCUGCAAGAGCCAAUGGACAGGAAGGGAGGGAUUUACGUGAGCAGCUUCUGGCUCCAGUAUCUCACGUGGAAGAACUAGAACAGUUAAAGCGAGACUUUGAACAACAGCAGCAACGAGAGAAAACGGAGCAUGAGACAGAUCUAGAACAGUUGAGGAUAUAUUUUGAAAAGAAAUUAAGGGAUGCUGAAAAAAACUACCAAGAAGACCUGACUCUGUUACAGCAACGGCUUCAAGAGGUGAAAGAAGAUUCUUUUCUGGAAUAUGCAGAAAUCAGUUCAUCCAGUACAUUAUUAGAAGAGACAGCUGAAAAGGAAAGGAAAGAACACUUUGACCAACUUAAGCUUCAACUUGAGCAACACGAGGUAAAAUGUAAUUUAGUUGAGGACCACCAGGAAGAAAUAAAGAAAACUAAGGAGAAGAUUCAAUUAAUGAGACAAGACUUCAAAGAAAAAGAAGAAGAGUGGAAAGUUAUACGAGAGGACCUAAAGAGAAAAGCUGAAGAAAAAUUAACAUUGAUGCUCCUUGAACUGAGAGAGAAAGCUGAGUCUGAGAAGCAGGCAAUAAUAGAUAAGUUUGAGCUUCGAGAAACUAAAAUGAGAGAGCUUCAGGGUGAGCAGGCGGCCCAGAUCCUGGAGCUGGCGAGGUCUCUAGCGGAGCAGCAGAGCCGCUUGCAGCAGCUGGAGCUCGGGGCAGCUGGGGACGAGCCUCGGCAGUGCAGCCAGUGUGGUCCUGUGACUGAGGCCUUGGAGCGUACCAUGCUGCGCCUGAAGGAGGACUGUGCCCUCCAGCUGAUGCUGGCCCAGAAUAGGCUUUUGGAAGAACGUAAAGAGAUAACAGAGAAGUUUGCUGCAGAGCAGGAAACCACCCUGAAGACACUCCAGGAGAAGCAUGCAGGUGAGCUCCAGCUCGUCCAGGAUAGUCACCAGCAGCACAUUGUGUCUCUGACAGCCGAGCUACAGGCUGAGCACCAGGCUGAGAUGGGUGCCCUAAAGGCUGCACUGGAGAGUGAGCAGUGGGCACUUUUGAAAACCCAUGUGGCUGAGUUGCAGACCAGACAGGCUGCAGAACUCAGUGCCCUGGAGGUGACACAUUUGUCAAAGCUGGACUCCUUGAAAUCCUGCUACCUGUCUGAGAUCCAGACCUUGCAGAAUGAGCACAGGGAGGCUCUGAAACAGCUGCGAGUGGACCUUGAGGAGCAGCUUCAGAAGAAGGAUUCCUUUCACCACAUGGUUCUGACCCAGGAGCUAGAAAAACUUAAACUGAAGCAUGGCGAAGAGCUUCAGGGCACAAAGGAUAGCCUGAGGAUUGAAAUGAGCAGUAAACAUAUUGAAAAUCUCAAAGCCAUGGCCGCUGAGCUUCAGCGUGCACAUCAGGAGGAGCUGGCUGCGGCUCUACAUGCUCAGCGGCACCUGCUGGAGGAAGAGAAGAGCUUGGCUCUGGAAAAGGUCAGCACCAAUGUCCUGCUCUUAGAGCAGCAACACCGGGCAGCUCUGCAGGAGCUUGGAGAUAUGCACUUGGCUGGGGUCCAGAUGCCACAGGAGGAGGCUGUGCAGGCUGUCACAGGGAAGCAUUGUUCCAGGGGAGUAUUUCUCAGUGGUGCAACUUGUUCAGGGAGUACAAAACUUCUGUUUCAUGUCAUCCCAUCAUUCGCUACUGAAGAUGUGGAUACUAAAGCCUCUUCACAGGACAGUGAAUUUGAAAAUAAGAAAGCUGGUUUGCAUGAAAAGAAGGCAGUCCAAAAACUUAAUAGUGAGCAAGUCAAGCCUCCUACCCAAAAGGAGGAAAUGUCCUUAUCUCUGCAGCUCCAAGAAAAGGAGUACCACAUUCAGCAGCUGAAAGACCAAAUUGCAUCCUUAAGUAAUGAGAUUGAAGAGUGUAAUUCUGAACUCAAUGAACUACAGCAAAGACGUGAACGAGAAAACCAGGAAGGCACAAAUCUCAUCUCUAUGCUGAAGUCUGAUAUAGAUUUAUCUCGCAGUGAAAGGAACGCACUCCAGGAUGCCCUCAGAAGGCUGCUGAGCUUAUUUGGAGAGACACUGAGGGUUGCGAUUUCCAUAAGGAAUCAGAUCAGUGAGCGUGUGGGGCUCUGUCUAGAAGAUGUGGGGGCCACUGGUAGAGAGAGCACACCUGACAUGUGGUCAAGCAUCGAUAUCUUGUGUGCAGGUAAGUCCCUACUACAGCCUGAUGGUACACUGCCUGAGCCUGCAGAGGUUUCGGCAGUGGCUGAGAUCAGCAGUCAUGUGUGCGAGAGCUUCUUUAUGAGCCCAGAAGCCACAAUGGAGUAUGAGCAACCAGUCAAGAAGGUAUACCAGAGCCUCAGGGUGGCCGUGGACAAUCUCCUAGAGAUGGCCCUGGACUCCAACAGACAGCUGGAAGAAGCACGCCAAAUUCAUUCUCGUUUUGAGAAAGAAUUUAAUCACAAAAAUGAGGAGACUGCACAGGUCAUUAGAAAGCAGAAGGAGUUACUAGACUGCCUCAAUGAGGAGAGUGCAGCGACGGCCAUGCUCACCCGGGAGCUCCACCAGGCCCAGGGCCUUAUUGAGGGAUUCAAAGAAGAGAGGGCAGACCUUCAGGCAGCGCUGGGCCAGAAGGAGCAGUCGGAGCAGCGCCUGGUGUUAGAACUGGAGCACCUGAGCCAACAGCUGCAGACGGCGGCCAGUGAGCAGGCACAACUGAAGGUGGAGUGUGCCUCCCUGCAGAGCCAGAUGAAGGAGCUAGCUGCUGGUGCACAAGAGAGAGAAUCUGGUCUCCAGAAGGAAGUGGACUGUCUAACAAAAGAGCAGUUGGAAACCAAGAAGCAGUCUGAGAAGGAUCGUGCAGCUCUGCUUUCCCAGCUGCGAGUGCUAGAGUCUGAAUUGGAGGAGCAGGUGUCCCAGCACCAGGCAUGUGCCCAGUAUGCGGAGGAGGUCAUUGCCCUGAAACAGCAGAUGGCUUCUCUGGAUAAGCACCUGCGCAGCCAGCGGCAGUUCAUGGAUGAGCAGGCUGCGGAACGAGAACAUGAACGUGAUGAGUUCCAGCAGGAGAUCCAGAGACUAGAGGGACAGCUGCGGCGGGUGGCCAGGCCCCAGGCCACUGGUGCCCAGGACAGUCAUGUAAGUCCACAGUCUUAGAAUCCAGGGGCAGAGAUUGAAUUGUUACAAGAAAAAAUAAGAGAAAAGUCAGAUGGGUUUAAUGAGUUGGCUGUGAAGAAGGAGCUGGCGGACAGACAGCUGGCAGCACAGCAGGAGGAGAUCCAGCGCCUUGAGGCAGCAGUCUCCCAGGCUGGCAGAAAGGUGGCCCAACUCCAGGAAGAACUGGAGACCCAGAGGAAAAUGGGGGAAGACUUACAGCUGGAAAGAGAGGCAUUAAAGGAAGAGCAGGUGAAUCACUUGAUUCUGGUGUCUGAAUUGCAGACUGAACUGGAGGAAGCCAAAUGCCGUGGGCCUCCUAGAGGCAGCCUUGCUGGGGGAGUAGAAGCACAACCAGAGAUGGUACCAGAGGAGCUCCCACAACACACAACAGAGGUUUUGAGUAAUAGAAGUCCUGAAGUGGAAGAGCUGAAAUCCAUUAUUGAAAACCUGCAGGAGAACCAAGUUCGAUUACAGAAGGAGAAGGCAGAGGAAAUUGAACAGCUCCAUGAGGUCAUUGAAAAACUGCAAAUGGAGCUGUCUCCCAGGGGACCUGUGGCCCUUGAAAUCAGUAAUAGUCCAGCUGAAAGCCUUCGGACUGAGCUGGAACGAGGGCUGCUGGGUGACCGUGAGGUGGCAGUUGAAGACCUACAGGAGCCAGGCCCCCAUGCACGGGUGCUGCAGGCAGAGCUGGAGGCAGCGCUAGUAGGCAAGGCAGCCUUGAGCCAGCUGCUAGAGGAGCGGGAACACGGGCACCACCAGGCCCUGGAGGCACUGGGGCAGAGCCUGCGGGCUGCUGAAGAUGCUGCUGCCCUACAGCUGGCUGGACUGAGACGAAGCAUAGCCCUCAAGGAGUCCUCACUGGAGGCACUGGCCUCCCGCUUGGCAGAGUUCGAGAAUACCCUGAGAGAAAAGGAAGCAGUGAUUUCAAAGAAAGAUGUAGAAAUCAAUGCAUUGAGCAAGCAGAGAGCAGCCCGCCUUGCCGAGUUGGAGGCUGUUCUGGCAGUUGUGUCUGGGUUCCAUUGUGCUCUGGAACAGCAGCCCUGGGCAGAGGCAACUGAGCCCCUAGAGCUGCAGGUUCUGCGGGUGCAGUGUGCACGUCUUGGACGCCAGCUGCAAACGCUGAGCCAGAGGUUCCUGAGGUGCCAGCGGGAGCUGGGCCAUCACCAGGUCCAAGAGGAGGGCAGCGCUGAGUUUAGGACCCCCAGGGGGGCGGUGGCCUUGGAGACUGUGCGUGGUGAUGAUUCAGAUCAAGACGAGAGCUGCAGACCACUGUGCUCAGUGCCCUUUGGCCAGGACCCUCAGAGCCCUGUGAAGGACCAUCGGCAACCAGUUCCAGACCGUGAGGCUUCAGGUGGUACAGGUCUCCUGGGGCAGGAGAAUGUGAUGUCAGUGCUGACUGCCUGCCAGAAGCAGCUGGUAUCUGAGCUCUUCCUGGUGAGGGACAAGGUGCACCUGAGCAGAGAGGAUAGCCAAAGUCGGCUGCGACAAAACAAGGGUAAGGAAAAAACACCAGAAGAUUGUCGCCCUCUGCGGAAAGUAGACCUGUUAACUCAGGUGAAACAAGUUCAGGAGAGAUUGACUUGUCUGGUCCAUUCAAUGACUGCCCAGGACAUGGGCCCAGAUGGUUCGACAAACCCACAACCAUUGGCGUGUUCUGCACUUGUUGUAGAAAAGAACUUAAAUGAUGUUUCUCGCAGUGAUGAGUCGACUGACAGACCUACUCCUGCUGCAACGUUUAAUACCCACAGAACCACUUGGGAUCUAAUGGCAGUUACUGAACAUCCAGAUGCUUUGACACCAACCAGAACAUCAGACGUUCCCAUUCAAGAAAAAAUUGAACCACAAGACUCACCAUUCUCCUUAAAAACUGGCUUGCAAAGCAGUUGUGAAGGUGUGGAGCCCUUCAGGAGCCCAGUGCAGACAAUGGACCUGUCCUCCUGGGGCUCACCUGAAGUCGUCAGGAGGGACUCAAAUCUGGAGCCCCAACCUAGCCUGCCCCUCACACCCUGUUCAGAUGCCACAGGUCUGUGCAGCCCUGGCCCCACAUUACUCCAGGCAGACAACUCUGACCUCCUUUGUUACCCGGUACCCACAGGCAAGGGGAAGUCACUACCCUGGGCGGAGUGUCCCCUUGCUAUAGACACACCUCUGUCCACUGAUCACCACCAUGUAGAGGGGACAACUGUGGAAAAAGACGUCGAAGAUUUUCUCAUAACGUCUCUUGGUUCUCAAGAAAACUUAAGAUCAUCUCCUAUUGGGUUAGAAGGAAAAAGCGAUGAAAGUGAAAAAAGUGAUGGCUCAGGUUUUGAAGAGAUUGUAAACGGAGGCCCAGAAAGAAUUGACACUUUCCCUGUUAAUCCUGCGGCUGCUCCUCAGAAGUCUAGAAGGUUUCGUCUGUCACCAGUAGCAAUGAAGGAGAGGGAAGUUCAUGCGAAGCAAGUUCAGACGAUGCUGAAGAUGGUGUGUGAUGAGAGCCACCACAUCUUGGCCCUUUCUGAGCACUGGGGUCCCCCCAGCACUCUGGGCAGGGGCGACCCAUGUGCCAAAUUAGAGCAUGUCCCAAGGGAGGGGCUGGGACUGAUGGAGGCACCUCUUCAUGGGAGAAAGGGGACGGAAGAACCUUCUGAUGUGUGUGUGGACUGGAGAGGAGUCUUCCUGCGAGCUGUGCAGGAUGCAUUCGAGAAGGAGCGACAUGUAUUGGGUGUUGAGCUGCAGUCUAGGCUGAGCAGCUGUGAGCUAGGGGAUAGUGGCUCUCUGCUUGAGCGGCUGGAGAAGGUUGUCCGGGAACAGGGUGUGCUGCCGGAGCUGUCCACAGAGCCAUCCUGUUUGUCUGACCGGAGCAGCCUGCUGUGUGAGAUCCAGGCCCUACGUGCCCAGCUGCGCAUGACGCACCUACAGAACCAAGAGAAGCUGCAGCAGCUCUGCGCAGCACUCACCAGUGCAGAGGCCCGUGGGAGCCGCCAGGAACACCAGCUGCGUAGGCAGGUUGAAUUACUGGCAUAUAAGGUUGAGCAGGAGAAAUGCAUAGCCAGCGACUUACAGAAGACACUGAGUGAGGAGCAGGAGAAAGCAACUAGUGUCCGGAAGCUGCUUGUUCUGGAGCAAAGCACUGUCAAGGAUCUGAAAUCUGAGCUCUGCGAGUGUAAGCAGGAAAAUGAAAGACUGCUGAAGUCCCUGAAUGACGUGCAGAAAGAGGUCAUUCAGCUGAGGUCUGUGCUGGACAGUAAGGAGAAGGACCUGGAGGUCGCGCUUGGGGAGCUGGAGGCAGAGCGUGUAAAGGAGCAUGCCCUGCAGAGCCGACUGGAGGAAGAGCAGCUCCAACACCUGCAAAAAGAGGGUCAGAGCUCCCGGGCCCUAGAGGAGUUGCGAACCUCUCUGGAAAAGCAGUAUUCUCAGAAUAACAAACUCUGUGUGGCGUUGAAACAUGAGCAGACAGCAAAGGACAACCUCCAGAAGGAACUGCAGAUUGAGUGCUCCCGCUGUGAGGCGCUACUGGCGCAGGAACGCAGCAAGCUUGCUGAGUUGCAGAAAAGCAUGGAGGUGGAGCAGGGCCGGUCACGGGAGCUCUCAGAGGCCCUGGCCCACGAGCGCUUGCUGACAGAGCAGCUGAGCCGGAGGAUACAGGAGUCCUCACUGCCUCAGGCCCUGUUGCAGAAGCUUGGAACAGAGCAGGCCCGUGUUGCAGAGCUGCAGGCGCUAUUGGAGCGUGUGCAGCAACAGGCAGCGUGUGCCCAGCAGCGACUGGAGGCCGAGGUGCAGACACGCAAUGAGGAGCUCAAGCGAGAAAGGGAGCGGGAACUAGAAUUACAGCGACAGCGUGAUGAGCAUAAAAUCGAGCAACUUCAGCGGACGGUGAGGGACCUGCAGUCGAAGGAAGGCUUACGUCUUGGCAGUGACCUUUGUGUGAAUUCUCCUCGCAUACCCAGCCACACAGAGCCACGCUUUCCAUCGGACCUCACCGGCCUCCGAGAGCGGCAGGAGGAGCUAGAGAAGAUAAGGCAGCAGCUGCUCUGUGCCGCUGGGCUCCUGACCAGCUUCAUCCACCAGACUCUGAACAGAACAAUUAAUGACUGGACAUCAUCAAAUGAGAAAGCAGUGGCCUCAUUGCUGCAGACCCUGGAAGAACUGAAAUCUGACCUGAGCACAUCCACCUCCUCUCAGAAAAAAACAGCUGCACAGCUGCAGAUCCAACUUGUAGAAGCCUUGCUGAGAGACAAUGAUUCCCUUACAAAAGUGGUUAGCACAGUGACCCAAGAGAAGGCGGAGCUGUGCAAGGCUGUGUCCAAGCUUGAAAAGACUCUGAAGCACCACCUGCAAAAGGGCUGCACCCUGAGUAGGUCAAGCCGGGCUGCACUGAAGCAUGAAAGGACAGCUUUUCAGGGGUCACUUAGACUCACCGACCCAGGACUGGGCAUGCUGACGACACGUGAGGAAGCCGUCACCUGCAGUGUCAAGAUGGAGAAAUUGUACCUACAUUAUUUGAGAGCUGAGAGCUUUCGAAAAGCCUUGAUUUAUCAGAAGAAGUACCUCUUACUGCUAAUUGGUGGAUUCCAAGACUCUGAGCAAGAAACCCUCUCAAUGAUUGCUCAUUUGGGAGUAUUUCCUUCCAAAGCAGAUAAAAAAACCACUGCAUCUCGUCCUUUCACCAAGUUCCGAACUGCUGUCAGGGUGGUGAUUGCAAUCCUAAGAUUACGUUUCUUGGUUAAGAAAUGGCAAGAAGUGGAUCGAAAAGGAGCUUUACCACAAGGCAAAGCUCUCCACCCAGUGUUCUGA